GGCCGCUGCCGGCCUGGGAGCCGCGAGGAUAGCAUUGUGUUUAAAAUGGAAGUUGAUAUAAACGGAGAGUCCAGAACUACCCUAUCCACCCUCCCUGUGCCUCUUGCAGAGGUGAGUCCUGCAGGCAGAAUGGAAGCAGAGAAGCCCCGCUGUUCCAGUACCCCCUGCUCACCAAUGCGACGGACGGUUGCGGGAUAUCAGAUCCUUCACAUGGAUUCUAACUACCUGGUUGGCUUCACGACUGGAGAGGAGCUGCUAAAAUUAGCCCAGAAGUGUACAGGAAGUGAAGAGAAUAAAGGGGAAUCCGGGCCGAACAUGCGCUCCAGGCAGCUUGAUUCAGGACUUACACGUUCUUCCCGUUUGUACAAAACUAGAAGUAGGUACUAUCAGCCAUAUGAGAUCCCAGCAGUAAAUGGAAGGAGGAGGAGACGGAUGCCUAGCUCAGGGGAUAAAUGCACUAAGGCUUUACCAUAUGAACCUUACAAGGCACUUCAUGGUCCCCUGCCUUUUUGCCUUUUAAAAGGUAAAAGGGCUCAUUCAAAAUCCCUGGACUACCUCAAUUUAGACAAAAUGAGCAUUAAGGAACCUGCUGACACAGAAGUGCUACAAUACCAGCUCCAACACCUUACCCUUAGAGGGGACCGUAUGUUUACAAGAAAUAACACAUGAGCUAUCAUGUCAAAUUCAGAACCAAUUUCUGAUUAUUUCUCUGUUGCUGCAAAAAUCCACUGUUGUAGUGUGCACAUGACUGUCCACAUUGUAGGUGGUUGUAUCAGCUAAAUGUUACCAGAAGGUAAUUUAUUUGAAUAGAAUCUUGGCAAUGCAAUGUGUUACAAAUACUUAGAGGGAGAAAUCUUUCCUGAGCAAGCAGCUUCUGAUGCAAAUUUGACUGCAACUAGUGGAUAUUUCUUUGGACACCUUUAACAAAAAAAUAGCUUUUGAGUUUGGGGGGUGGGAUUAUUUUUUUUUUUGUACAGUUAGAUCUAGUAUUUACAGUAAUUUAACACCAAAAAAAUCAGUGACGUCUGCUUGGUUGUUCCUAAUUUUGGCUUGAUGUUAGAAACUGCUCUUGGUUAAGUACUCAAGUUUAGGAGGUUUUUGGUUUUACUUUUUGUUCCUGUAUUCUACAGUAAAAAGUAUGUAUUAUUUUUUUACAUCAUGGAGAGGGAAGUGAGCUUGGCUAAAUUGGAUCACUUGCUAUUUAAACAAUCCAGUUCAAACACUUUCAAAUUACGCUUGCACUGGUGAGAUUCACUCAUAAAACAAACCUUUGCUACUUGAAUCCUAUUAAAUUAUCUUUUAGUUUCUGCAUGGAAGUAAUUGUUCUGCCUCCUCUCU